AUGGACAGACAGAAGGCGGAUAUGGUGUCCUGUGGUGUAGGCUGCAAGAGAGUCGAGGAGGGAGGGUCAUGUCGAAUGCGAGAUAUGGUUUUGACAUUUGGCACUUACAGGAGUACGGAGCGUCUUAGCUUUGUGGGGUCGCUUCUUCCUGCUUCCAGGAGUAUGGAGCCAUCAAUCAUUUAUUCUAUCAGGCAAUUGCCAUCUUGA